GGCCAUGGCGGCGGGCGAGGACCCCUGGGCCCGGCGGCAGCUGGACGAGGUGGCGAGCCUGCGCGCCAUCUUCUUCGAGGAGGGCGCCGUGUCCGUGGAGGAGGCAGCGCUCUCGGCGCUGGAGGACUUCGCGCUGGGCCAGGAGCGCGGCCGCCCGCCGGCGGCGCCGCCGCCGCUGGCGCUGUCCGUGCGCGCGUACGCCGCGGGCGCGGCCGCCGUGCGGCUGGCGGCGGUGCUGCCGCACGGCUACCCGCGGGCCUGCUGCGAUGGCCCGCUG